ACAGAUAAUAGUCGGACUUUUAUCUGCAUCUCUCUUCUCGUGAGAUCCCACCCCCCGACAUUGGCAGUUGCCCAUUGCAAUUCCCAUCGAUCACACCAGUUUUUCCGAGAGAUUCUCUGGGAUUUUUCAAAGGGAUAAAAAUCAUUCAAAGAAUCUCUCACGGUGAUCCUCCAAAGCCCCACGAAUAAGGAGAAAAUGGAAACGCGAAAAAUUGUUGCAAUUAUUGCUGGAAUUAUUUGUCUUUUCUGCUUUGUGCCCCUCCAUGUGAAUCCACCGUACAAUCUUGAAGGACAAUUUCAGCGCUUUGUCUCUGACUUCGAUCGUCCCUAUCGAUACAAUCCGGAAGCCUAUGAGAGUCGCUUUUUAGUCUUUGAGAAAUCAAUGGUGCGACUGAAGACAAUGAAUGAGACCCAUUGGAAAAAUCCCAAUAGUGCCAUGUACGGUGUGACAAACUUCACAGAUCUCACUCCGGAGGAGUUCCGGACAAAUCAUUUGGGCUACCGAAAUGUCGAGAAUACCCAAAAUUCAUCUACUGGAAUGCCCAAAAUGGAAAGUAGACGUGCCGACCUGCCCGAAUCCUUUGAUUGGCGCUUAAAGGACUUUGUAACGGGGGUUAAGAAUCAGGGAGCAUGCGGGGCAUGUUGGGCGUACAGUGUUCUCGGUGUUGUGGAAACCAUGGCGGCAAAAAGUGGCCAGAAGAAGGCAGAAGAUUUGAGCAUUCAGCAGAUUUUUGAUUGCUUCGACAGCCAAUACUUUGGAUGCCAUGGUGGGGAUUUUGUGGAGCUUCUCCAAUGGAUAAUCGACGAAGACAUUCCUCUGCUGAGGAAUGGACUGUACACAAAGAGAACCGGUGGGAAUUGCAGCUUUGAUGCUGCUUCUGGGGUUAGAGUUAAGGAUUUUACCUGCAGGAAUUUUGUGGGAAAUGAGGAUGAAAUGCUGAACCUUUUGGCCUUUCAUGGACCCCUUGUGGCUGCCAUAAAUGGGUUAACGUGGCAAAAUUAUCUGGGUGGCAUCAUUCAGCAUCACUGCGAUGGGGAAUUCUCUAAAUUGAAUCAUGUGGUUGAGAUUGUUGGCUACAAUCUCGCACACAACACACCCUAUUACAUUGUUAGGAAUUCCUGGGGAAAGGGUUUCGGGGAGAAUGGCUACCUACGCAUAGCCAUUGGGAAGAAUCUCUGUGGAAUUGCCCAGAGAGUAGCUUUGUUAGACAUUGUGGAUCAACAAUAAGUACCGAGAGAGAAAGAGAUUUUGGGGCAAAUAAAAGAAGAAAAGAAAAAACA